ACCACCCACUGGCGUGGUUCUCAGCAUUAUAGGUUUUUAGGUCAAACAGAAACCCCAGGGAAUGCCUGAAAAGGCCAAGCAAAUAGUUCCAUCUGCCCAGAACGGAUGACAAGGAGCUACCGCUGUUGUGUGUAGCAAAGUCCACACUGGAGAGACAUUCCCUGCUGCAGCAUCGGAGGAAGCCAGGAGCAUGUGUGAUCUGGUUAAGAGCUUGGUUCAGAAGUUGCUGAAAUUUUCCCUAGGGGGCUCCGUAUGAGGCCUUGGUUCAUCUUAGAAGACUGAACAGUGGGCCCUGCUGAGUGACCGUCAUUAUCAUCUUCACCUAGGCCUGCCAUGGAUGAGACGCAGGAGUCUCUAGCCUUGACUGUGCAUCUUCUUGCUGACACUGGGAACGGCUCGCUUCUGCAGCAGGCUCUGGACCAACUCCUGGACUGCAUCUGCCCGGAGGUGCGUCUCUUCCUGGUGUCUGAACGGACCAGACCACUGAAUUACCAUGAAAAGUACCACUCCCGGAGGGCCCGCUUCCCCGGAAUGUCUGUUUUGCUCUUUCUUCAGGAAAGCCUGGGACAGGAGCGGUUGUUUCGAGUCUUGGACUUCCUACAGCAUUCACCCUGGCAGGGUUUCCCUACCCAGCAUGCACAGGGAAGGCCUUGUCCCUAUCUCCCUGCCAAUCAGGAAUUCUAUAGCCUGCACAACCAGAUGCCAGUGUGGGGCAUGAGGCCGGUGCACUGUGGCACUGAUAUCCUCAGAGUGACUCUGUAUUGCAGUUUUGAUAACUACCAGGAUGCCAUCAGGCUGUAUGAGAUGAUCCUACAGAGAGAUGCCACCGUGCAGAAGAGCAACUUCUGUUUCUUUGUUCUUUAUGCCACCGAGGGCUUCAGCCUGCAGCUCUCUCUGAAGCAGCUGCCCCUGGGAAUACCAGUGGACCCCAAAGAGUCUUCUGUGCUUCAAUUCAAGGUUCAAGAGAUCGGCCAGCUGGUGCCUCUUCUGCCCAAUCCGUGUGUUCCCAUCAGCAGCAUUAGGUGGCAGACUCAGGACUACGAUGGUAACAAGAUUCUGCUGCAGGUCCAACCGAAGCCAGGACUUGGUGUUAGAAACGGUGAGUGUUCCUUCCUGGGUGGCAGCUUGAGAGCUGACAUGCAUCUACAGGGCUCCAGGCUGAACUCUGUUUCCACGCAGAGAACCUUAGAGCCCCGGAGCCGGAGGAACAGGAGCCGGCGGUUCAAAGCACAUUCCCUGGAGCUUCCGCAGCCCAGUGGAACAUCAGAAAACUCGAGUGACCCUUUGUGGAGAAGCCCUGGCUGGUCCUCCCUGGCUGACGGCUCAGGCACAGGCAUGCGGCAGUACCGCCUGUCUAUCCCCAUCGAACCUGAGAUGAGGAUGGAUGUCCUUAAGGAAAACAGCUUCCAGAAGCUCGAGGCAGAGACAAACGUUGACACUGGCUUCACCAUCAUCAACUCUAAACCCAGGCGAUCUUUUCUGAGCAGAUUCUCCAGGGAUUUUCAGAGCAGCCAGCCACCAAGCCGCUUAUCAGGAUUUUCCGUCGAGGUGACCGCUUCCCCAAGCCAAAGAGUCUUUCAGGAUAGACUCCGUCCUCUGUCACUUCCGCGUCAAGGGGACUAUGGUGUAAAGGAGAGAAUCUCAAAAUGUUCCCAUCAUCGUCCUGUCCAGGGCGAAGAGAAAGAAGGAUUCUUUAUAUAGCUUAAAACAAAUGUGUCUCUCUGAGAUACCAAGAUAGGAUAGAAUGGUCUAGAAAUGAAGCAUUGUAUUAGUUGCCCUUCUCAUUGAAGUAUCUAACAAAAGCAACUUAAGGAAGUGUUUGUUUGGCUCACACUUUGGUGGGAAGGUCCAUUCAUGGCUGGGAAGUCAUGGAAACAAGAGCGUGAGGCGGCUGAUCCUGAACCUUUACAGUCACAUGGCAGAGGGGCGGGGUGGGUAGGGGAAGCUGGGGCUCGGCUUGCCUUUUCUUUGUGCCAUCUGGGACUCUGGCCCAUGGGAAGGCUUCCCACUUUCAGGGUGGGUCUUCCUUCCUCAGGUAAAUCUUUCUGGAAACACCCCGAGGUGCGUUUCCAUGGGGACUCUAAAUCCACUUAGGUUGAGGAUCUACAAACACUGAUCCCGGAUCAUCCAGUUUCCUGCUCGUCUGAGAGGGCCUCAGGCUCUCAAUGCACAGAUUCAUUUGCUUUCACUUCCAGCCUUAGAAGUCCAUGAGGAGUGGAUAAUUUGCUGGCUCUCCGGAAGAGAAUACAGCCUGGCAGAGGAAGAAAGCCCAAUGCCCCAACUUCUCAGUGGCACACUAACCCAGCUACGUUUGCUGGUUCAGCACCUAUCAGAACACCGACAUAGUAUGCAAAUAUAUUAGAUGUGAUAUGCAGAUCUGAUUAGUGUGUGUAAUACAGUUUUAAUUUUUACUUGAGGUUGCUGAGAGCUUAUCCCUCUAGGCAGUGUGAACUAUUUAUUCUUUAGUGCUUUUUAAUUUUUAUUUGACCUCCUUUGGUAAGUAGGCCCUGUUUACCACAUACCCUCUUGUGGUUUUGCUUUUAAAGUUCUUUGCAUCUGAAACGAGUAAAAAUGCAAAGUGUUUUAAAAAUUAUAAUCCCCCCAGUUUAAUUAGUGAAAAUACCAGAAGUCAGGAAGCUACAUUAAAAUGAAUGCUAGACUUUGAGAUAUUCCCACACUUCUGUUUCUCAUCUGUCUGUCCUAUACUCCAAAGAGGGCAGCACUUCUUGUUAGGAAACCAAGGAAGCCACAGUAUAAUUAGAAUAUUCCAGAUCUCCACUGAUGGGGGCAGAGAGAUUGUGCUGAGUGAGUCACCAGACUCAGUGAACUAGAUAUGUUUUGGGGGUUCCCAGGGCUUUCUGCAAUUCAUAUUUAUUCAUUUUAUAUAUGUUCACUCAAUAAAUAUUUUUGCAUGCCUUAA